AUGUACUUGGAGAAGCACGUGGUGCAGCAGCAGGUGCAGUUGGCGGAGGAGGUCAUGGCGACGGGCCAACCGACGACAACGGGCGUGAGCCUGAGGCUAUGGAAUGCGUGCCACAAGGAAGUGUAUGCGGCGCUCAACCACCCUUUCGUGCAAGCGCUGGGCGCCGGCACUCUGCCGCGGGCCACUUUUCAGCGCUUCAUUUCCCAAGAUGCACACUUUUUGGAAGCAUUUGCUUGUGCCUAUGCCCAGGCUAUGGCAAAGGUGGUUGGUUCAAAUGGACCAGAAUUUGAGGUUAUAUCAGAGCUGUUGGAGGGAGUCAGAGCAGAGCUGAAGAUGCACAAAACCUUUGCUGAAAAGUGGGGUGUGGACCUGGCUGUGGCAUCCAGUCCUUCACCUGCAACUGUGGAAUACUGCAACUUUUUGAUGGCAGUGGCAAAGGGGCCAGAGAAUGUUGCAGUUGUCUUGGCUGCAAUGCUGCCAUGCUCGCAACUGUAUGGUUUCCUGGGGUGCCAGCUGAUGAAGAUUUGGCCAGAGGCCGAUCAUGACUAUACUGAGUGGAUCAAGACCUAUGCAGCAGAGGAAUAUCUGGAACUGCCAGCAAAGAAAGGGAAACUGCUGGACGAGAUAGCUGAUCUGGAGGAUUAUGGCAAACUUCUGAAGUUUUACAAGCAAGCCAUGGAACUUGAGGUUCAGUUUUUCAACGACCAUCAGCCAUUUGUUCAAUCACCUGCAAGGAACAUUGGCGUUUUGGUUGUCGAUUUCGACAACACCCUUACAGCAGGAGACACAGUCAUGAAUUUGAUACGUGCGGUGGUAGCUGCUGCUGCGAAGAGGCUAGGCGGCACUCCUGAGGAAGCAAAGCAAGUAUUGCAGGACAGGAUGGAACUGAUCGAAGGAGCUUCAGGUGCUUAUCAGGUUGCAUUUGAGGCUCUGCUUGAAGAGCUCAUCUCUCCACAGGUCAGUGCGGUGAAGGGCAAGCUGGAGUUUGACUUGGAGAUAGUGUCUUAUGUGUGCAUCAAGCUGUCGGAGUUUGACCGGUUGUGGUGCCAGAAUUCCAUUGAUACUGGGGUCUUGAAAGAUGCAGGCAGGGAGGAUGUGCAGAGGACUGCUGGCCGUAAGGUCAUGCUGAGGGAUGGGUGCCUGGAAGUGCUGGAAAAAGCAAGACAAAAGGGAUGGGGUGUACGCGUGCUGUCCCAGAGUUGGUCAGCGCACAUGAUCAAAUCUGUAGUGGGUGACCACGCAGAGAUAGUCGAAAGGGAAGCAGAAACAACUGGGGAUGCAGCAACUAUUCGAAUUACUGCCAACGAAUUGAUUUAUGAAAAUGAUAUUACUACAGGGGAUGUCACUAGGUCGGUGGAGUGUGCCGAUGACAAGGGUCGGGCAUUUGAUGACAUCCUUUUGGAUGAGAUGUCAAGGGAAGGCAGGGACCCCCAUGGGUGGUCUGUGUACAUUGGGGAUGCACCUGCAGAUAUCCUGCCACUAUUAGCGGCUGAUUUUGGCAUUGUGUUCAACAAAAGCAAGGCAAUGGGUGACAUACUGCAAGCCCUGUGCAUACAACUCAAGCCACUAUCUGCAGCUCCAUUGGAGCCCACACCCCAGGGUGUCAUUCCAGUGCUGUAUGAGACAGCCUCAUGGCACGACAUUCAUGCUUUCUUGCACGGUUCUGAUGAUGUGGCCAGCAUCCAGGCAGCUGAGCAACCAGUGUCUGUGCCAAGGGUCUUGAUUGUUGCUGGAUCCGAUUCUGGAGGGGGAGCUGGUGUGCAGGCUGACAUUAAGACUUGCCUGAUGAGUGGCGUGUUUGGAUGCACGGCAAUUACGUCUUUGACGUUUCAGAACACAAAGGGCGUUCAGGGGGCCUACAACAUCCCACCAGAAGCAAUAGAUGCCCAAAUAGAUGCAGUUCUGUCAGACAUAGGCACACAUGCUGUCAAGACGGGCAUGCUGCCCAGUGCACAAGCUGUCAAGGUGGUUUCCCAGAAGAUUCUGGAGUACCAGAUUCAGAAUCUGGUGGUUGACCCUGUCUUGGUUUCAACCAGUGGCCAUUCUUUGGCUGAGAGCGAUGUUGCAGCUGCUAUUCGAGAAGAUCUCAUGCCACUUGCAAAGGUGGUGACGCCAAACAUACCCGAAGCCGAAGCUCUCUUAGGAGGGAGAACCAUCAGUAAUGUGGAAGACAUGGAAGCUGCAGCCCGUGAUCUUCAUGCAUUUGGAUCAGAAUAUGUCCUUGUGAAGGGAGGGCAUCUGGUGUCAAGGCAUGAGGAAGCCAGGAGUGGUGCAUUGGAGGUCGUCGAUGUGCUUUUUGAUGGCAAAAACAUCUCACACUUAAAGCAGUCAACCAUCACCACCAAUAACACCCAUGGAACAGGAUGCACUCUUGCAUCAGCCAUCGCUGCUGAGCUGGCAAAAGGUUCAAGCCCGCUAGCAGCAGUACACAGGGCUAAAGCGUACGUCAUUGAUAUCUUGAGGAAGAGCAAGGGCAUGAAGACAGGUACCGGUGUGCAGCAGCCCAUGAAUCAUGGUGCAACAUUUGUUGAUUGGGGUUUGCACGUGGGAAGCCCGUCUGGUGGUGGACCAGGAGACUUGAGGCUGUAUGCUGUCACAAGCAGCUCAGUAAACAGAAAGUGGGACAGGUCCAUCGUCGAUGCAGUGUCCCUGGCCAUCUCUGGCGGAGCGUCCAUCAUUCAGAUCCGUGAGAAAGAGGCAACCACCAUGGAGUUCAUAUCCAUUGCCCAGAGUGUCCUGGCUGUCGCACGCCCACAGGGUGUUAAAGUCAUUAUCAAUGACAGAGUGGAUGUUGCUUUGGCUGUUGAUGCUGAUGGAGUCCAUGUGGGGCAGGAAGACAUGCCUGCAGCAGACGUGCGACUGAUUCUUGGAGGGAAGAAGAUUGUUGGUGUGUCCGCUAGGAGUGUGGAGCAGGCAGUGAAGGCGCAGAAAGAUGGAGCUGAUUAUAUAGGCGCUGGCGCAGUGUUCCCCACCAGCACGAAGGAGAGUGAUGCGAUUGGAUUGGAAUGCCUCCAUGACAUCUGCACCGCUGUGUCUGUUCCGGUGGUGGCAAUUGGGGGAGUGUCAGCAGAAAACGCUCUUUCCACCAUCGAUGCAGGAUGCAAGGGGGUGGCCGUCGUUUCCUCACUCUUUGACAGUGAUGAUCCAGAAACGGUGGGGCAGGAACUUCUUGCUGUGGUGGAGCAGGGGCUGAAGAUGAGGAAGUCGCCGUAG